UUUCUGCCGGCCCCGCAUGCCUUUCCGAAUGGGUCAUGCGCACAGCUGCAGACGAGUUUGUCAACAAGGACAAGACCGGAAUGGGUAUCAUGGAGAUGAGCCACCGCGAUCCCGGAGGUCCGGUCCAGAACUGCAUCUCAUCCGCUGCUGACCGCAUCCGCUCAUUGCUCGAUGUCCCUUCCAACUAUCACAUUCUCUUCAUGCAAGGAGGCGCACACGGCCAGUUUGCCGCCAUCGCCCUCAAUUUGCUCGGUGACAAGGUGCAAGCCGACUACAUCAACACUGGCUACUGGAGUCAGCGUGCGGCCACGGAGGCCUCCAAGUACUGCACAGUCCGUUACGCCUAUGACGGUGAGAAGGACGGCUUCUCCGUUCUUCCCCCCGUUGAGGAGUGGGACAUUUCCGAAGACUCGGCCUACAUCCACAUCUGCGCCAAUGAAACUAUCCAUGGCGUCGAAGUGCUCGAGGAUCCCCAAUUGCCGGAGGGCAGCCCACCACUCGUCGGAGACUUCACCUCUACCUUGCUUUCCAGGAAAAUCGACAUCAGCAAGUAUGGUUGCAUCUACGCUUCCGGAGGCAAGAACUUGGGGCCGGCCGGCGUGACAGUUAUCAUCAUCCGCGAGGACUUGGUCGGCAUGGAAUCCCCGAUGUGCCCAUCGGUGCUUUCUUACACGAAAAUGGCAGCCAGCAAGCCGAUCAUGUCAAUCUACAACACUCCGCCGACCUUCCUCAUCUACAUGGUGGAUCUGGUACUGCUAGACAACAUGAACUCAGGCGGUAUGGAGUAUCUGGAGCAGAGGGCCAAGGAUCGGUCGUCACAGAUCUACAACAUUAUCGAUGAAUCCAACGGGUUCUACAAGGCCAAGUGCAAGGACGCCAAGUUCCGGUCGAGGAUGAACGUGCCAUUCCGCAUCGGCGCCGGGGAUGGCGACAAGGAAAUGGAGGCGUUAUUCUGCACUGAGGCGGAGAAGCGAGGUCUCCUACAACUGUUCUGCCACCCCCUGUUCCCAGGAUGCAGAGUAACACUGUACAACGGAAUUCCGGACAAGGCCGUGGACGCGCUGACUGACUACAUGAUCGAGUUUGCGAACAUGUACGCGCCGUCCAUGAUGCAAUAGCCCCCUGACCCUGGGUUAUAGAGCUACAGCGCAGGCUUGAAGGAGGCUAUCGUGACCUUGGCCUGACGCUCUUUUAGGUGCUAUGGAUUAGUCGAUGUCGAGGUCCAUCUGGAGGUGACCAGCUCCUCCCGACGCUCAUGUGGGGUGACGUGCUGUCGACACUGAGCGUUUUUCUGGGAUGGUUGGUGCUAUUCAUCGUUCAACUAGCGGUUGGUUUCAUUCCACUGCGAAGUUGUCACUCCCUUAUCCUGCCGGAGGCGACCCUUGUAUAAUAAAACGAAAGAAGAGUAAUGUGCGAAAAGACGAGUCUGUGCAAAUGGCUGAAAGAACUUUUCUCUGACAUCGACCUCAACGACUCGCUGAAGGCAGUCUCUUCAAUACAGUAUCGUAGACGCAGAAGGGCACGUGGCAGUAGCGCGGGUC